UUUCUAAUAACUCAAUUUAGAUAGAUUAGAUUUUAAUUUAAAGCGUUAUCAUGAAAAAACUACCUAAAGGGCAAAUAUGUCUUUUCAUUAUCUCAACUUUUUCCCUCCAUUUCCCCGAACCUAUUUAUAGAACCGUGUCUCACCCCCACUUCUCACUCUCGGCGACCUCCGAACCAGAGGCCUCGCCUUCGCCUCCCCCUCCGAACAAGAUCAGAUCGAGGAGGCGUACCCGAUUCGGAGGCGAUGGAGGGGGAGAUCACUCCUGUGCUGCUCCGCGCCGCGAUCGACGACGAAUCCCCCAUCUCGUGCUGCUUAUUCGAGGGCGGCGGCGCAACCGCGGGAUCCUCUUCCUCGAAGGCGGCGGCUGCGCGCGACCGAUUCGAGGAGGAGAAGGAUCGGAUCCUCCGCGAUCUGCAGCAGAUGAUCAACCGCUACAACGAAUGCUUCCACCGCCUCCGCCGGGCCUCCGCCGACGUCGACGCCCUCCGCCGCGAGAACCUCGACCUCGUCGCCGAGAAACUCCACCUCACCUUCCUCGUCGACGAUCGCGAAGCCUCCGCCGCCGCCGCCGCCGCGGCGGCGGGGGCGAAGAGGAAGGAGACCAAGAAGAGCGCGAUCGGAGGAGACGACCCGGAUCCGGGGGCAUCGGACGGCGGGGAGCGCAACGGGGCCACACGUGGCGGGAUCCCGAAGAGCAUCUCGAUCCGCUCCAGAGGGUUCCUGGCCACGGCGGCGGCGGCGGCGGCGGCGGUCGGGGGGAGAGGCGGCGGCGGGGAGGCGUCGUGGCGGCCGCAGCGCCUCCGCGUCCCGGCGGUUCUGCCUCGAGAUUUAUGGCGCAGGAAGGGGGUGAAGAAGCAGAGGGGGAAGAGGAGGAGGUGGAGGUGGAGGUGUACAGCCAAGGCAUGGAGAAGACAGAGCUGUGCAACAAAUGGGGGGAGCCCGGGGGUUGCCCGUACGCAGCACGGUGCCGCUUCGCGCACGGGAUGGAGGAGCUGCGCCCCGUGCUCCGCCACCCGCGCUACAAGACCCAGCUUUGCCGCAUGCUCGGCAACGGCGGUGAGUGCCCCUACGGUCACCGCUGCCACUUCCGUCACGCCCUCCCCAACCCCCAACCAUGAAAAAAAACAAAAAAUAGCUUCAAAAAACCCGCGGUAAUAAAACAGUAAUAACAAACAGUAAUACACAAAGAAGUAGCAAUAAUAAUAACUCGUAUUGGUAGAAAAGAUGAGAGAAUUAGCUCGAAAUUAGCAUACUAAUAAUGGUGCAAUUUGAAGGAACUGGGAUUGGACCUGUAUUGAUGUGGUGGUAUCUCCCUGCUUAAUUCUGGAAAUGAGCUAGCUGUGGAGAAUGUAAAUAGCUCGAAAUGCUGGUGCAGUAACUCCAACUUCGAAAAUUUUUAGCCAUUGUGAAUGAAACAACUUUUAUGAUUUAGAAACUA